GAUCAAUCUCCAACACGGCAUAGAGUUGGUCGUGCAAAGCUUGCAUAGAAAUUAUUUGGGGGAAAACGUGCGCUUUACUUCUUGAACGUCAAUUGUUUUCGCUUGGACGAAGAAACAGGGCAGCUGCAAUGUGGAUUCAAGUGCGCACAAUGGAUGGGAAGGAAACCCACCGGGUGGAUUCCUUGUCCAAACUCACCAAGGUGGAUGAACUGCGUGUCAAAAUCAUGGAGCUCUUCAAGGUGGAGCCAGAGAGACAGAGGCUGUUCUACCGUGGCAAGCAGAUGGAGGAUGGCCAUACCAUAUUUGACUACAAUGUGGGCUUAAAUGACAUAGUGCAGCUGCUUGUUAGACAGAAGGCGCCCCCUGUUGAUGUCGUCAAAAGUAAGGACAAAGAAGCGGAGCUCUCUGACUCUGAUUCUGGUUGUGGGUCAACCCAGAGUGAGUCUGACAAGAGUUCAACUCACGGCGAAGUAGAGGGUCAGACCGCUGGCACCUCUUCCCAGACAAACACCCCUGAGCUCAUCGAUCCGGGGUUUGGAUUUUACAAGAUCAAUGAGCUGGUUGAUGCAAGGGACUUGAACAUGGGGGCGUGGUUUGAAGCCCAGAUUGUCAAUGUCACCAAGACAGCAAAGACGCCUAAAGAAGAGGCCGCGGAGGCACAGCCAGCAGAGGAGGAGAUACUUUACCAUGUUAAAUAUGAAGACUACCCAGAGAAUGGGGUGAUUCAGUUGCUGGCCAAGGAUGUUCGUCCGCGGGCCCGUACAGUGUACCAGUGGCACCAGCUGGAGCCAGGAAUGAUCGUUAUGGUCAACUACAACCCAGACGACCCCAAGGAACGUGGCUACUGGUACGAUGCUGAGAUCCAGAGGAAGAGGGAGACACGCACCCUGCGAGAGAUCUACAGCAAGAUUAUCCUUGGUGAUGCUGGUGACUCUCUCAAUGACUGUCGGAUCAUGUUCCUGACCGAAAUCUACAAAAUCGAGGAACCUGGUUCUCUGAGUGACACCCCAGCUGGAUCUGAGAGUCCACUAAAAAGAUCAAAUGGACCCGAGUGCAAGCACUGUAAGGACGACCCCAAAAAAAACUGUCAGUGGUGUAACUGCCAUAUCUGUGGCAUCAAGCAGGAUCCUGACAAGCAGUUGCUGUGUGAUGAAUGUGACAUGGCCUAUCACACUUACUGCCUGAACCCUCCACUCACCUCCAUCCCAGAAGACGAGGACUGGUAUUGCCCAGGUUGCCGUAAUGACACCAGUGAGGUUGUAUUGGCCGGAGAGAAGCUUAAGGAGAGCAAGAAGAAAGCUAAGAUGGCUUCUGCCAGCUCCUCCAGCCAGAGGGACUGGGGCAAGGGAAUGGCCUGUGUUGGUCGAACCAAGCAGUGCACCAUCGUCCCGUCCAACCACUAUGGCCCAAUCCCCGGCAUCCCCGUCGGCUCCCUGUGGAAGUUCAGAGUGCAGGUCAGUGAAUCUGGUGUCCACAGGCCACAUGUAGCUGGGAUUCAUGGCAGGAGCAAUGAUGGUGCCUACUCUCUGGUCCUGGCAGGAGGUUAUGAGGAUGAUGUGGAUGAUGGUAAUGAGUUCACUUACACUGGCUCUGGAGGACGAGAUCUUUCUGGGAACAAGAGAACUGCAGAGCAGUCAUGUGAUCAGACUCUUACCCACAUGAACCGAGCGCUGGCUCUCAACUGCAACGUCCCUGUCAACGAAAAAAAUGGAGCUGAAUCCAAGAACUGGAAGGAAGGCAAACCUGUUAGAGUCGUACGUAGCUGCAAGGGCCGCAAGCACAGUAAAUACUCCCCUGAGGAAGGAAACCGAUAUGAUGGAAUAUAUAAGGUGGUGAAGUACUGGCCAGACAAGGGCAAGUCCGGCUUCUUGGUCUGGCGGUAUCUGCUGAAGCGUGAUGAUGAUGAGCCUGCACCAUGGACCAGAGAUGGCAAGGAACGCAUCAAGAAGCUCGGUCUCACAAUGCAGUAUCCUGCUGGUUAUCAGAAAGAGAAAGAGAACAAAAAUGAAGUGGAGGAAGAGGCCGCAACACCCAGCAAGGCAAAGAGGAAGAGAAAAUCUCAGGGCAGUGAAUCCUCCCACACCUCACCAGCCAAGACAAAGAAAAUAAAGGUGGAAGUGUACAAGCUUACCAAGGUGCAGAAAGACCUCAUCAAGAAUGAUGAGGCAAACAAGAAAGUGUGGGAUGAAGCCAUGGAGUCACUGUCACUUGGACCGAAAUUUUUGAACAAAGUUGAGGAAGUUUUCCUCUGCAUUUGCUGCCAAGAGGUGGUCUAUCAGCCCAUCACCACAGAGUGCCAACACAAUGUCUGCAGGGAAUGCCUUCAGCGGUCCUUCAAAGCAGAGGUGUACACCUGCCCAGCUUGUAGACACGACCUGGGCAAAAACUACUCCAUGGCUGUCAACAAAUCCCUGCAAGACAUUCUAAAUCAGUUUUUCCCAGGAUAUAGCAAUGGGCGAUGAUUAUUGGUUCUGCCUACUCAGUCCUAGACGAAAAGCGACGUAAACUGUAAGGGGAAUUUUCAGUAGAGGCAAUAAAGAAUCAGUUUCUCUUAAUAUAUUUUUUGUGAUUUAUAAAACUACAUUUUUUGUAGACUUUGGUGCUACAAUUUUUCACCUUUCACUGCCAUGGUGUGUAGUUAACUAUAAAUUGAAAGUUCCUUUGUAACUGUACCAUGACUCCGUUAAUACCUUGAACAGUGAUUUUACUCCCAGCGUUUUGUUCCAUUAACUAAUGCUAAUGUUAUCCAUAAUGUUAAAUGUUACUUUUAACUAAAUCCCUCCAUGUCUAGCACUCCUAAAGAGGACAUUGAGUCAAAAGUGGUUUAGACAUUUGCUGAAUUUGGUUGGAGAUUCUUUUGUCCACGGCUGUUAUUAGAGUGUGGAUCUUAGCUGGUCUGCUGUUUGGCUGUGGUUGGUCGUCAUUUUGGUGCAGUUUCAUUUUAUCUGAUCAUGCAGUUGGUGGUCUAUCUUCGAAUCUGACCUUGAGAGCCCUGUUAUGUCUCCUGUAGCUAUGUACUUGUCUCACUGUUCUUUUUUUUAAUCUCCUGAUUGUUGUUUGUCUCACUGUUUACCCAAUGCAGGGGUUUUUUUUGUUUUUUUUUAAUCAAUCGAUUAAAACUAGACAAACUGUCAAGUCUUGCCAGGCUUCAAAAUAUGACACUUUGUCCUGGCAUGAUCAGGCGAUUGAAAUUGCACUAACAUGACAUUCUUUAACAAAAGAACUCUAUAAAUGUAGUUGAGAUCUAACAUACGAUCACAAACUAAACCAGUUAAAGUUUUUGAGUUUUCUGCUCUUUAGCAGUCUGAGAGAAAGUGUCUUCUUGGGGAGUGGUGUCAUCAAACCUGUGUAUUAGUUCCUCAAAUAUUUUCACGCAGUGAUGUCAUAUUUGUAUUUGAAAUGUGUGAAAGUUGAUAUAAAAGUUACUGUGAUUUUUCAAAAAUGAAAAUUGAAAGCUAAUCACGAUAGAUUUUAAAAGACAUUAUAUUCUGUGGUCUAGAAUUGGAUUUCCUCUGUUUUGAAAAGGUUCACUUUGAUGAAGUCCAAAGAAACAAGUGCUUAACCAAGAGUGUAAUGUAGAACACCCCCCCCCCCCCCAUCUAGAUCUUUAGACGUUGUCCCUGACACUGAAACCUAAUUGAGUCUAGAAACUUUUUUCAUAUUUUUUGCUAAAAUUAAAAUUUGUACUUCAUGUUUUUAUAAUCUAUUACUGCCAUUUGUGGGUGG